AUGAUCGAGGCGUCCCGAAUCGACCAUGCUGGCCACGCCAACGACGCUGUCGGCCACAUCCAUGACACCCUCAUGUACAACUCUGUCAUGGCCUACGUAAAAGAAUACAUCGAUGUGCACCCCGACACCCAGCUCAUGUCCGCUGCCGACCAUGAAUGCGGCGGUCUCACCCUCGGCGAUGGCUACAACCCUACCGUUCUGCAAAAAGCUACUAAGACGCCGGAAUAUCUUGGUGCGCUCUUCUCCGCCCAUACAGGCGACAAGACCGCCCACCUCAAGUCAAAUUUCCUUCGGCACUACGGUCUGGAGAACGUCUCCAACGACGACGUGAAGCUACUCCUUUCCAUCGCCGACGAGAGGAACGUCCCAGCUAUGCGUAUCGCUGCUGGGAAUAUGCUUGCCUCUGAGGCCGGGCUCCAUUGGUCGACCGAGGCACACACUGCGGCUGACGUGCUCCUGUAUGGUUAUGCGAAUGACCAGGCUCUCAAGGCGAUGAAGGAUCUCAUGGGGAAGAGUAAUGAUAAUACUGAGCUACCGCGAUACAUCGAGAAGGUUUUAGACCUGGACCUUAAUAAUGCUACGCUGGCGUUGAGGCAGGGUGGUAUUGAUUGGGUUGGAAAGAGGGAUGAGCUUCCUGCUCUCAAGAGCUUGAACUACCCUCGUAGUGAGUGA